UUCCACUUUUUUUUUCGCUAUAAUAGAAGGAAGUACAAGAAAGUAUCAUGAAAAUGAAUAAAAACGUGUAAUUUCCACAACAGCCCACUGUGUAAAGAAUUUAGUUGAGAAUAUUUGGGCGCAAGUGUUUCUCGGGAUUCCAGAGUGGAGAUUGGAAGUUAUUUUUGGCUGCGCAAAGUAGAGCGACUCCUCCACGCCACUUCCCGGACAGAGACAGACGGAGCUCAGAGGUCCACCUGCGAGGCUCAGUCCUGGAAGACAGCAGCGGGGCAGCAAUGAAAAGAAAGAUAGGAGAAGAAAAGCAGGAUGCGCGACUGGAGCAGACUUCCAUCAUCCUAAAGAAGAAGGAAUAGAAGAGGGAACGUAUUUUUCUCCCUUUUCAGCCACAGAGGCUCCCUGUCGAGGGUUUUAACUCUGUUUUGGAGAAACAGAAGAAAAUCUUUGGCUGUUUGUUGAUCUUUUCCACCGUCCCGUUACUUUUGGAGUGGAAGAAUUUGGUCAGACCUGGAGGUGGGAUUAUUUCACCUGGACGUCAUUCUGUCACCUUCGCCGCGUGGAUUCUGGAUUAGUUCAACCUAAACGCCAGGUGCUGGUGGAAAAUAGGGAGAUGAAGACUUUAUCACUCCUUUUCCUCCUCCCUCUCCUCUUUGCCUCUGGAGCCUGUGAUGAUGUCAAGUACAUCUCCAAAAGGAACUCAGUGGAUGGAUGCAUCGACUGGUCAGUGGACCUGAAGGAGUACCACGUUCUGGCUGGUGAGCCUGUUCGGGUCAAAUGUGCCUUGUUCUACAGCUACAUACGAACCAACUACACGAUGGCCACCAACGCCAAGCUGCGCCUCAUCUGGUACAAGAACAAAGGCGAUGCAGAGGAGCCCAUCAUUUUCUCAGGCCACAGGCUGAGUAAAGAAGACGACUCCAUCUGGUUCAGAUCCGCUGAAAUGGAAGAUAAUGGAUUCUACACUUGUGUUUUAAGGAACUCGACUUACUGUAUGAAAGUGUCCAUGUUGAUGACGGUGGAGGAAAGUGAUGAGGGGAAAUGCUUUAGCAACAAAAUCCGUCAUCUUGAAAAAGCUGAAGUGACCCAUGGCAAAAUGAUCAACUGUCCUGAUAUAGAAGACUAUUUGGCUCCAUACAAACAACCCCAGAUGACCUGGUAUAAGGAGUGUGAACGGGUUGAAUGGAGGAGCUCCGUCGUCAUUAACACCACGAAUAUUUGGAUUCCUGAGAUAGAGGAGGGUGACGGGGGAAAUUAUACCUGUGAAUUACAGUAUGGAUCCAGACUGGUACGACGGACAACCGAACUUAAAGUCACAGCCCUGCAGACGACUCAGCCUCCCAAAGUCCUGUUUCCCUCAGAGAGACAUGACACAGUCAUAGAAGUCACGCCUGGUAUGCCUCUCAGUCUGGACUGCAAGGCCUUUUUUGGCUACAGCGGAGAAAACAGGAGGCCCAUCAUCUACUGGAUGAAAGGAGAAAAGUUUGUUGAAGAACUAGCGGGACACAUAAAAGAAAGUGAAGUCAGGAUCUUGAGGGAGCAUUUGGGGGAGAAGGAGGUGGAGUUGUCCCUGACGUUUGAUGCUGUGGAGGAGGCAGAUCUGGCCAACUACAGCUGUUAUGUGGAGAACCACAUAGGGAAGCGCAGCGGGAGUGCUGUUCUGCAGAAGAAAGAUAUGUAUCGUCUGGAGCUUGCGGGUGGACUCGGGGUCAUACUGCUGCUGCUGGGGGUCCUAACUGCUCUCUAUAAGUGUUACAACCUGGAGAUCAUGCUCUGCUACAGGAGACACUUUGGGAGUGAUGAAACUGAAGACGAUAAUAAGGAGUAUGACGGCUAUCUGUCCUACACUAAAGUGGACCUCGACUCUUUGGGCAGCAGGACGAGCAGCGAUGAGGAGUCCUUUGCUCUGGAGAUCUUGCCGGAGGUUCUGGAGAAACAUUACGGAUACAAAUUGUUUAUACCAGACAGAGAUUUAAUACCCAGCAGCACCUACAUUGAGGACUUGGCUCGUAGCGUGGAGCAGAGCAGACGUUUGAUCAUUGUUUUGACUCCAGAAUUUGUUGCCAAAAGAGGGUGGAGCAUCUUCCAGAUAGAGACACGCCUCCACUCCAUGUUGGUUACAGGAGAGAUCAAGGUGAUCAUGAUAGAGUGUGCCAACCUGAGGAAUGUCAUCAACUACCAGGAGGUGGAAGCACUUAAACAUACCAUCAAGGUUUUAUCUAUCAUCAAGUGGAAGGGUCCUAAGAGCAAUGAACUGUCCUCAAAGUUUUGGAAACAGGUGGUCUAUGAGAUGCCAGCUAAACGCAGAGAGACGCUGUCCAGACGGCAGGUCAUGGACUCCGGUGAACAGGGCCUCUUUGGUGACCUACAGACCACUGUCUCCACUAUUGCUAUGACGACCACCUCUGCAUCACUAGCACCCCCCAAUGAGAGUCGUCACGGACACCAUCAGGUUGCCUUAGCAACAGAGAUCCCUGACUACAACCAGAUGACCUUGCCACUGGGAGGGGGUCACACUGCUACGGCAGCCCAAAUGCGACACUUCUGCCGCAGCUAUGAGUUCCAGCUCCCCCCACAGCCCUCCUCCAUGUCGCCGCCCCUCCCACCUCCCUCCACGGUGCAGUUCUCCACCCUGGGCCCCGGGGGCCGCCAUGUCUACUGCAACAUCCCCAUGACACUGCUGAAUGGACAGGGGUUCAGAGCAGUUCAUUGGGGAACAAGAGGUGCCUCAGAGCAGUACGCUUGGGAAGAAGCCAGACCUCCACCUGAACAGCACCUUUGUACCACUCACCAGCAGAGAACUAAGUUCUGACAUCUGGUAGACGGACUGGUACUGGAAUACAGACCAGUUACAGACAGCUUUGGGUGGAGUGCUUGUUCAACUGGUUUUCCUUGGGGGGCGUUUUUUGGACUUUGUACAGACUUCAUGCUGGACUAGAGGACUGCAGGCGGACUGCUUUUGGGCAACCUCAUGCCAUGCUGUGAACAAAUGACCCACUUCUGGAGUGGAUGAGGCUUGGCUUGGGUCUUCUUGGAUGUACUGACCCCAGACUUCAUACAGACAAUUUACUGACAUUACACUCUGCUCUGGGUCCGGUUACUGACCCUUUGAUCACAUGCAUUGUGGUCAUACUGGUAGAAAAGUCCUGAAAAGGCCAUGGUGAGUUUGAAAACAGAUGCAUGGAUUGAAGAACUAGAGGAAGAAUGACAAGGCGAAGGACAACCAAACAAAGACACACCAGGCCUCUUCUUGUUUGUCCAGCAAGCUGCAAAGUUGUACCACAGAGCAAAAAAAAAUAAAAAGACCUCUUAAUGUGCAGUUUGCUUUCACAACAGCUGUUACGGAAACCAGUAGAUUAUCUAGCUGAUAGACGAAACUGAACAUAAUCUCAGUGCCAGUCAGUCUUCUACUUCUACUGGUAGAUGAGUUCAAAGACCAUCAGUCCACUGGUUGACAAGGUGGCAAUGAUUUCAGCACAUCAGACCCCCAUGAAUUUACAGCUAGCUUACAGCUAGCUACAAGGUUUUGCUCUUAAAAGCUGAUUUUUCAGCAAAAUGAAGUAGAAAGUAAAACCAGAGAAGCAGAGUCAGCUGGAGACCAGUUAAAUGUCCCAGCUGACUGGAAGGCUUCCUCGGCUGUAGGUUGAGACCGAGCUCAUCCCCUCGUGCAAGUAGUCAACUUAAAGAAGCAAAACCGGCCAGCAGAUCAACUUGUCCCACCAAGCUACAAGCCUAAAGGACUUGGUUUUUUUCUAUGUGCAUGACCACCCAUUUAGAUGGAAACUAAAACAUAAUCAAAUGAACAUAGAUGAAAAGAGUAAAUGACACAAUCAUUUGUCGCAGCCUCUUUUAACUUGGAUCCUGAUGAACAUCUGUUUCUACAUUUGUUUUCUGUCCGGUCAUGAUGUGAUAAUCAAAACUGGUAAAGGGAAAAAUGGAGGCAUCCCUCCAAAAACAUCUUAAUUAUUUAUUUUGCCAUGUUUUAUUUAAGACUUUUAUCUGUUUAGAGAAUCAGUGAGAGAUUUUAUCAGGCUUCGUUUUUACUGUCAGUUUGUUAUAAUAAUCUCUGUACAGCUUUCAUUACUUAUGUAUAAACCUAAACAUGACGAUUUCUGUUAACCCCCAAAUUUAGUCUAUGUGUUCCAGAGCUUAUUCUGCUUUUGUUCUGUUCUUCUUUUCAUGGAUGGAUGAUGAAAGGAUGGAAAACCCUGCUGACAGACUGACGUUUUGAACCUGAUCACUACCAGUCAGCCAAAGGGAGGGCUGACAUUCUUCUUUGUGAGCUUUAAAAGAAAUAGAUGACCAUAAUAUUUAAGCAAAGUGGAUAAUGUUUUGAAUUUACACAAAGGUACUGUCAUUGUCUUAUUAGAACCAAUGAAUUCUGGAUUUUUGAGAUUGUUUGAAACAAUAAUUAACCAUAUGAGUUGUUAUAUUCGAUGGCAAUAUACAGUAUAGUGUUUGUCUUUUCAUUUCUGCUAAAUUCUUUGACUAUUCUUUGGAUAUAUUGGUUGAAAUAAUUUAACUGAGAGCAAAUAAAAGUGGCAUUAGUUGUUUUA